GCAUCUCCAAUCUCACUACCCUCUCAACAAUGUCCUUCGAUAUAUCUAGCGAACUUUUAGCUUAGAAGGACUUGGUUUGAAUAGAACAAGCAAGGUAGCUAACGUCAGCUAGCUAGAUAACUAGCUACAUUUUAAGUCGAUUGUUUAGCUCUUAUUAAUAUAAAAUAAGAAAAUGGAAAAUUUUAAAAUACGGAAAGCUGAAUCCAAAGAUGUGCCUGACAUACUGCGACUGAUAAAGGAACUGGCUAAAUAUGAAGAAAUGGAAGACCACGUGAUACUGACUGAGGAAGAUCUGCUCGAGGACGGAUUCGGUGACUAUCCAUUAUACCGCUGUGUCGUGGCAGAAGUCCCCAGUGAGCCGCAGAGCAACAACGGUCCUGUGGUGAUUGGGUUUGCCAUGUACUACUUCACCUAUGACCCCUGGAUUGGCAAGCUGCUUUACCUGGAAGACUUCUUUGUCAUGGAAAAGUACAGGGAGAUUGGCAUUGGCUCAGAGAUCCUCAAGCUCCUCAGUGACAUGGCAUUCAAGACUCGCUGCAACAGCAUGCACUUCGUCGUCGCCGAGGGCAACAAGGAGUCAAUAGAGUUCUACAAGCGUCGUGGGGCGGCCGACAUCACUCAGGAUGAGGGAUGGAGACUCUUCAAGAUCAACAAGAGCUCCCUCUUCAAGAUGUCCUCCGGCUCCAAAGAGUGAGCUGGCCCCAAGACACAUAGAAAGAUGGGGACAAGAGUGACAGACUUGUUCAAUUUAAUUUAAAUUACUUAAUUAUUUGCCAGUCUUUCACUUCAGCGGUGGGGGGUGUGACUUCUGACAGGGGCAUUAAGCAUGUGUGCGCACAAACUUCCUCAAUCUAGUCAAUAAUUUAGGUCACGUAUUUUAUCUGAAGCCAUCGUUUUAGUAGUUGUAGUUUUUAAUCAACGCACCU